AGAGAAGCAGCGCGGCCUUGUUUGUUGAGGGCAACUCUGUGGGCUCCUCAGAGCGCUCCGCGUUCCCUCAUAAAUCCAGCCGGGAACGGCGGAAUGAAUCCGCCUAGAAAUGGUGGGAUGGAGCCUAAAUGCCCUGGCGCCUAAAUCCCCUUCAACUGAGCCUAAAUCCCCUGGGAUUCAACCAAAACGGCCAAAUCCAGGCGCUUUCCAUGGAUAGGGGCGGUACUGGAAAGGGCGGGCGGUGACGUCACCUCGCCAAGCCCCUUUCCGGCCCCUCCUGAGGCGGCUCCGCCUUUUCCCGGCGCCGACCCCGGGGCGUGUUCUGGGCUGUGACCGGAGCUGAUGCCGGGGCUCCUUCGCCAGCGGAGCGUCCCCAAGGUGUCCCCAGUGAGCAUGGAGCCCCAAGAGGUGCGACGCUGUCCCAGACCCUGCUGCAGCCACAGGUCACCGUGGUGGCCAUCCUGGGCGAGCUGCUGGCCACCCUGCCCAGCCUGGACGAGAUGACUCUGCUCGUGUCCCCAUUGCACCUGUACUGGGACCUGAUGGACUUCACCAAUGAGCUCCGCGACAGCCUGUGCACUGAUGAGACCUGGAGGCACCGCAAUGUCACCUACGAUGAUGAUGACCCUUUCACCUCUGAUGAUGAUGACCCUCCCGCCUCCCUGAGCCAGGCCCUGGCCAAGAGCACCCCAUGGACCAGCAGGUUCGAUGUGCAAAUGAAGGCCUGGGUGUAGCAGCGGUCAGUGGCUGCACUCAAGGACAGCUGAGCCCAGCUGGCCAGGACGGCCACCAAGCUCCCCAAUGCCUGCAGGGAUUUGGCCACCAAGGCGGCCGACAUGGUGGCCACCGCCACUGCCAGGGCCAGGGAGCUGCAGGCCAAGACUGUCCAUUAUUGGACAGCUCAGGAAAACAUGGUGGAGCUGGGUCAGGCCCUGGGUGGGGAGGAGAGGGCCGAGGUGGUGGCCAGGCGUGAAUCCUGGGUGAGGAGAGAGGCCAGGGUGGCUGCCAGCCAGGCAACAAGGGCCACCAUGGUGAGACAACGGGUGGAGGCGGCCCUGGGGCUGCUGGAGCGCUUGGUGGCCGCGUGUGACGAAGCCACCGCGUUCCCCCAGGAGCUGCAGCGCCUGCUCUGGGACACCCUGGCCGCCCUUAAAGGGACAAAGAAGCAGUCCUUUAAUGUCCCUGAGGACUUGGUGGCCAAGGUGGCCGUGGCUGAGCGGCUGUGGGAGGCCAACACCCACCUGGUCAGGGAUCACGUGGUGGGGACACUUCAGGACAUCUUCUAGUUCUAUUUCCAUGAUGGUCCUACCAGCCACAGUUCCCGUGAGCUGGCUGAGCGAUGCCAAAGAGCCAUCGAGGACAUCCCAAGGCUCCUUCAACCCCCAGAGUGUCCCCACGGUGUCCCCAGUGAGCAUGGAGCUCCAAGAGGUGUGACAGGGGUGGGUCUGGGGGAGAAGAGAAAGGAACAGAGGGGACACGGGAGGAGGGCGCAGUUGGGGAUGGAGAGACACAGAGGGUGGCAAAUGGGACAAGGGGUCACAAAGGGGACAGGAGGCAGUGGCAGGAAAGGGGGAGGUGACAGAGAGGGGAGGGGACACGGCGGGGGAGGGGACAGGGUGAUGGAGGGCACGGGAGAUGGGGACACGGAGGGUGGCAGAGGGGACAGCAGUGGGGGUAGGGGGUGGCAGAAGGGAGAGCAGAGGGGCAGGGGGCAGGAGGGGCUACGAGGGGAGGUGGAGGGGGUGGCAGAGAGAACAGGAGGCUGACAAAGGGACAGAGGGGAUAAAGGGGAUCCGUCGGGGGCAGGGGGCUACCCCAGGAGGCCACAAGUGCCACCAGGUCCCUGACACCUUCUCUGUCCCCUCCCCAGCUGUCCCCGGCCCUGCUGCAGCCACAGGUCACCAUGGUGGCCACCCUGGGCGAGCUGCUGGCCACCCUGCGCAGGGCCGAGAUGAUGCUGCUGCUCAUGUCCUCAGUGAGCCUGUACCGGGACCUGGAGUACUUCUCCAGGCAGCUCCAGGCCACCCUGUAUUACAAUGAUGGCACCUGGUGAUACAGGGAUGUGACCGUGGAUGAUGAUGACCCUCCCACCUCCCUGAGCCAGGCCCUGGCUGCCUUUGAGAGCACCCCAGAGACCACCUGGGAUGAUGUGACAAUGGCAGCCAGCGAGUGGCAGCAGUCGGUGGAUGAGCUUGUGGACAGGAGGGCUGAGCUGGCCAGGACAGUCACCAAGCUCUGCAACACCUGCAGGGUGAUGGUCACUGAGGCAGGCUACAGAGCUGCCACCGCCACCGCCCAGGCCAGGGAGCUACAGGCCAUGGCUGCCCGUGAUGGGACAGCUCAGGAAAACAUGGUGGAGCUGGGUCAGGCCCUGGGCUGGGAGGAGGUGGCCGAGGCGGAGGCUGGGCAUGAAGCCCAGGUGAGGAGAGAGGCCAGGGUGGCUGCCAGCGAGGCAACAAGGGCCACCAUGGAGAGACAGCGUGUGGAGGUGGCCCUGGGGCUGCUGGAGCGCUUGGUGGCCGCAUGUGACGAAGCCACCGCGUUCCCCCGGGAGCUGCAGCGCCUGCUCAGGGACACCGAAGGCAUCCUGAAGGAGACAAAGAAGCAGUCCCUUAAUGUCCUUGAGGACUUGGUGGCCAAGGUGGCUGUGGCUGAGCGGCUGUGGGAGGCCAACGCCCGCCUGGCCAAGGAUCACCUGGGGAAGACACUUCCAGACGCAAUCAAAUUCUUUUUCAAUGGUGGUCUUGACAGCCCCUGUGCCUGUGGGGUGGCCAAGCAGUGCCAAAGAGCCAUCAAGGACAUCCCAAGGCUCAUUCGACCCCCUGAAUGUCCCCAAGUUGUCCCCAUUGAGCAUGGAGCUCCAAGAGCUGUCCCCCGCCCUGCUGCAGCCACAGGUCACCAUGGUGGCCAUCCUGGGUGAGCGGCUGGCCACGCUGCCCCAUCGGGAUGAGGAGAUGCUGCUGCUUAUGUCCCCAUUGCGCCUGUACUGGGACCUGGAGGAAUUCACCAAUGAGCUCCGGACCACCCUGUACUGUAUUGAUGACACCUGGAGGCACCAGAAUGUCACCGUGAAUGAUGAUGACCCUGUCACCUGCCUGAGCCAAGCCCUGGCUGCCUGCAAGAGCAGGCCAUGGAUCUCCCAGAACCGUGUGACAAUGGUGGCCAGCAAGUGGCAGGUGUUGGUGACUGCACUUGUGGACAGCUGGGCUGAGCUGGCCAGGAAGGCCUCUGAGCUCCGCAACACCUGGAGGGAGGUGGCUGCUGAGGUGUCCACCACCUAGGCCAGGGAGCUGCAAGCCAUUGCUGUCCAUUAUUGGACAGCUCAGGAAAACAUGGUGGAGCUGGGUCAGGCCCUGGGCUGGGAGGAGGGGACCGAGGUGGUGGCCGGGCAUGGAGCCCAGGUGAGGAGAGAGGCCAGGGUGGCUGCCAGCGAGGCAACAAGGGCCACCAUGGUGAGACAACGGGUGGAGGCGGCCCUGGGGCUGCUGGAGCGCUUGGUGGCCGCGUGUGACGAAGCCACUGCGUUCCCCCAGGAGCUGCAGCGCCUGCUCAGGGACAUCGAGGCCACCCUGGAAGGGACAAAUGAGGCACCCCCCACUGUCCCUGAGGACUUGGUGGCCAAGGUGGCCGUGGCUGAGCAGCUGUGGGAGGCCAACGCCCCCCUGGCCAAGGAUCACCUGGGGAAGACUCUUCCAGACACCAACGAAUUCUUGUUCACUGAUGGUCCCAACAGCCCCAGUGCCUGUGAGCUGGCCAAGCAGUGCUAAAGAGUCAUCGAGGACAUCCCAAGGCUCGUUCAAUCCCCAGUGUCCCCAGAGCGUCUCCAAAGUGUCCCCAGUGAGCAUGGAUCCCCAAGAGGUGUCCCUGGCCCUGCUGCAACCACAGGUCACAAUGGCGGCCAUCCUGGGCGAGCUGCUGGCCACCCUGCCCAGUCGUGAUGAGAUGAAUCUGCUGCUCACGCCCUCAAGGCACAUGUACUCGCACCUAUGGUCAUUCAGCUGGCAGCUCAAGGCCAUCCGGGACUGCAUUGAAGUCCCCUGGUGGCGCCACAAUGAUGAUGAAGCGCCUACGAUGAUGAAGACCCUUUCACCUCCCUGAGCCGACCCCUGUUCGUCAGAGAGAAACCCCCAGGGCCCCCCCAAAAGCGUGUGACAAUGGCAGCCAGGAAGUAGCACAAGUCGGUGGUUCCACUUGUGAACAGCUGGGCCCAGCUGGCCAGGACAGCCACCAAGCUCCGCAACACCUGCAGGGAUUUGGCCACCAAGGCGGCCGACAGGGCAGCCACCACCACUACCCGGGCCAAGGAGCUGCAGGACACGGCUGCCCAUGAUGGGACAGCUCAGGAAAACAUGGUGGAGCUGGAUCAGGCCCUGGGCUGGGAGGAGGGGGCCGAGGUGGUGGCCAGGCAUGGAGCCCAGGUGAGGAGAGAGGCCAGGGUGGCUGCCAGUGAGGCAACAAGGGCCACCAUGGAGAGACAGUGGGUGGAGAUGGCCCUGGGGCUGCUGGAGCGCUUGGUGGCCGCGUGUGACGAAGCCACCGCGUUCCCCUGGGAGCUGCAGCGCCUGCUCAGGGACAUCAAGACCACUCUGAAGGGGACAACUGAGGCACCCCCCACUGUCCCUGAGGACUUGGUGGCCAAGGUGGCCGUGGCUGAGCGGCUGUGGGAGGACAAGGCCCGCCUGGUCAAGGAUCACCUGCUCGGGACAGUUCGAGACAUCAUCAAGUUGUAUAUCGAUAGUGGUCCUGCCCACCCCAGUGCCCACCCCAGCCAUGGGGUGGCUGAGCGGUGCCAAAGAGCCAUCGAGGACAUCCCAAGGCUCCUUCAACCCCCAGAGUGUCCCCAAGGUGUCCCCAGUGUCUCCCCAGUGAGCAUGGAGCUCCAAGAGCUGCUGGAGGCUCUGGUGUCCGUGGUGGCCACUCUGGGCGAUGUGACGGCCACUGUGACCGGGCCACACCGGGGCAUGCGGCGCUGUGUGCCCCCAAAGUUGCUGCAUGCAGCCCUGAGGAUCUUCACCUGGAGCCUCCGUAAGGCCCUGGAACACCCCGGUGUCCCCUCCCUGGGCCAGGCCCUGGCCACCCUCGGGGCCACCCCGGGGGCCACCUGGGCCGAUGUGAGAGCCGCGGGCAGCGCCUGGCGGGAGUUGGUGUCUGCGUGUGAGGAGAGAUGGAAACAGCUGGUCGAGGAGGUCACCAAGCUCCGUGAUGCCUGCGAGGACGCGGCCCUCGCCUGGGCCAGGGACCAGCAGGACAAGGCCACCCGCAGGGGGACAGCUGGGGACAACCUGGCAGUCACAGCCCAGCAGCUCAUGGUGGCCCUGGACAGGGAUGAGGAGGCCUCAGUGGGGCCCACACGUGAUGCCCAGGUGGCAAUGGCCACCAGUGAGGCCAUGGGAGAGGCUGUGGUGGCCUCCAGGCGGGCGAGGGCGGCCAUCAGGAGGAGACAUUGGGCAGAGGUGGCCCUGGAGCCGCUGCAGCGCUUGGUGGAUGCGUGUGACAGAGCCACUGAGUUUAUCAGUUACAUGGAGUGCCAGCUCAGGGACACUGAGGCUGCCCUGGAGGGGACAAAGGAGGCGUCCCCCAAUGUCCCUGAGGAAUUGGUGGCCAAAGUGGCCAAGUUUGAGCAGCUGUGGGAGGCCAGCGCCCGCCUGUUCAAGCAUCACCUACUGGGGACACUUGGGAACAUUCACGACCUCCUCUUGAGUCCCUACAGUGGCCCCGGCAGCCAUGCAGUGGCUGAGCAGUGCCAAAAAGCCAUCAAGGACAUCCCAAGGCUGCUGCGGGGACAGUGAUGUCACCACUGUGAUGUCAUUGGUACAGUGAUGUCACUAGAGAGACUUGUGGACAGUCGAGUGCUAUUGGAAUAUGAAUCCCAAUAUUACCAGGUAGAUUGUGCCUGGGCCAGUCUGUCCCUUGCUGCUAGGCCAAAGGCAGCAACUGUGCUGUAUCACCCCAGAGACACCUUUAGCUUGCUGGAGAUUGCAGCUGGGCACUGAAACAAGUCCAGGCUUGGUAGGAACUCCGUUUACCUCGGGAGGGAAGGCUUCAGGCGAUGGUGAGGAGGAAAAGGAGAUGGAUUCUGCCAGAGGGUUAUAUCCAGAGCUUUAUUCCAUGGUUACAGAAGUCUGAAUGUAGGCAACAGCUCCAACAGAAUCGGCGAGCACAUGGGCUGAUUACCUUUUUAAGCUCCCGGGGGAGGGGGAGGGAAGGGGCAGGUGAGCCACCAACCAGGUGGGAGGGGCAGGGUCUCAGGGGAGAAUGACACCCAGAGAGGUCAAUGACCUCUGGGCAUAGGGGCAUCUUUUGAACUUGACCAACCACACGACGACCUUCCUGGAAUGUUAAGCCUGAUUGACAGGACUCACUCAGCAAGGGGGCGAGGGGGAAGGGAGAGAGGUAUAGGCACACCUGGGAGGUGACCUGGAAGUCUAAAACAGGACAUUACAACACACUGCAACAGAGUGCCACCAGCUCCUUGAGUGCCACAGCGCUGUGUGUCACCAAGAGCCCCUCGAGUGCCACCAGUUCCUCAAGUGCCACCAGCUUCUCGUGUCAACAAGAGCACCUCCAGUGCCACCAGCUCCUUAUGUCACCACGAGCCUCUGGAGUGCCACCAGUUCCUCAAGUGCCACCAAGAGACCCCCGAGUGUUACCAGGACUGGCCCAGUCACUGUGUAAGGGUCCCUGGUGUCACCAGGAUCUCUCUCUGUGUCACACACCACCCUUGAGCACCCACUGGGACCCCCGAAUUUCACCAUCCUCAUGCACCGGAACGCCCCCCUCAGGAGCCCCUUUCAGGCAUCAGGACCCUCAAGUUUCCCUCCCUCUCCUCGUGCACCGGCACCACCGGACCCCCCCGAGGAACCGGGACCCUCCCCUGGUGCACCGGGACCACCGGAGACCCCCCCAUCAAUCAGUGCUGUCAUCGUUCAUUGGGAACCCCCCCCAGGCACUGGGACCACCAGAAACCCCCCCAAAUCACCGAGCACCGGGACCCCCCCUCAUGCUCUGGGGCCACUGGAGACUCCCCCGAAUCACUGAGCAGCCCCUGUGCACCAGCACCGGGACUGGACCCUCCUCGUGCCCUGAUCCCCCCUCACCGAGCACUGGGACAGGGACCGGACCCCCCUCGUGUACCGACCCCCCCGAGCACCAGGCCCAGACCCCCCUUUG